CUCUUCCCGGCGCACGUCACUUCCGCGCCUAUCAUCUGGCGAUCGCCGGCGGCAGGAGGGAUCUGCUGGACAUUUCAAUCCUCUUUUUGCCUGGAUCGCCUGGUGCCACUUUUGCUGCCCUUGUCUCCUGCCGUCAUGUCGGAGUUUGACGCUUUCGGGCCUGUCGGUAACGGAGUGUCCGAGGAGGACCCGGCCGCCGCCUUCCUGGCACAGCAGGAGAGCGAGAUCGCGGGGAUCGAGAAUGAUGAAGGCUUCAGCAUCCUGGACAGCGGGGACGUGCCCGGCGCCCUGCACGAUGGCACAGCGGAUGGGGUUUUCAAUGGUGACUUCUACCAGGAGUCUAAUGGACCAACAGAUAGUUAUGGAGCAAUUUCCCAGGCCGAUCGUCUACAAGCAGAGCCAGAGAGCAUCCGCAAAUGGAGGGAGGAACAAAGGAGUCGUUUAGAAAUACUUGACGCCAACUCUAGAAAACAAGAGUCUGAAUGGAAAGAGAAAGCUGGAAAAGAACUAGAGGAAUGGUAUGCCAGACAAGACGAGUUGUUACAGAAGACGAAAGUUAAUAAUCGGGCUGCCGAAGAAGCGUUUGUAACCGAUGCUGAAGAAACGUCCCCAGGAACAGAGUGGGAAAGAGUUGCUCGUCUUUGUGACUUUAACCCCAAGUCUAGCAAGCAAGCAAAAGAUGUUUCGCGUAUGCGCUCUGUCCUGAUAUCACUCAAGCAGGCUCCGCUGGUUCACUGAGAAGAAGGCGCGACAAAACAAUAUGACACUUCCAAUAUUUUAAUCUCAGAAGCUAUGUUUGCAAAAAUUGGUUACACUUUACUAUUUCCUCUUUCAGGACCAAACCCCCAAAUGUAUUUGAUAUCGAUCAUUGUAUGUAAUUGCUCCUGUUUCUCCCAUGUACUUAGGAAUUAAUUUUUGGGGGGGGACCCACAUGAUCAUUGUCUCAAUGUGCUUGAGUGUAAUACAGGUUGUCUUUGGAUUUGUGCAGAAGUGUAAUAGUGAUAUUAAAGAUCUAUACUAUA